AUGACGUGCCACGACGUCAGCCAUGCCUGGACGACACUCUGCCCAAAGAGGGCAAUAAUACCGACGCGAUGUGCGCUGACGUCACUCGCUCUCAGACAACGACUUCAGAGGAGAACGACGACCGAGGCACGCCCAUACCCUGCGGCAGUUUGGUUCUUCACGCAACGCCAACAGCAAUGUCAGACGCCAUCAGAGGUACAAGGACGGGGUUACUUCUUCUCGGCACUGCGGAAAAACUUCCCUCCCAACGCAACGUCCCGAUCGGACCACCGUGAUCGGCCACCUCAGCGGUCUCAAGGAACGCCGUACAAGAUCCCCGCUCAUUCAGAUCCGAACCAAGCCGUGUUGGCCCCGAGGUCACGGCAUAAAGUUGUUUACUACCGCUUCCAACUCCCGUCGCCGCCGCUGGACGGCAGCCCCAACUCAACUCUGGUGGUCUCCGACCUCGAGAAGCUCUCCGUGGUCGGCCACGGCGGUGGCGGCACGGUCUACAAGGUCCUGUCGCCACACCUCUUCGCCCUCAAGGUCCUCCGCCUCGAUAGGAACGCCGUCGACGCCGGGCAGCAGGCGGCUCGCGAGGUCGAUAUUUUGAUGCGAGUCGACUCUCCCUACGUCGUCCAGUGUCACGGCGUGGUUAGGGGCGGUGACGAUCGGAUUUGCUUGGUCAUGGAGUACAUGGCCAGCGGUUCGCUCCGGGACUUGCUGCUAGCUCGUCGGAGCUUGCCGGAGGAGGUCAUCGCAGUGGUGGCCAGGAGGGUGCUGGAGGGGCUGCGAUACCAGCACGGCCUGGGUAUCGUGCACCGGGACAUCAAGCCGGCGAACCUGUUGGUGAGCGAGCGGGGAGAGGUGCAGAUCGCGGACUUCGGGGCGAGCCGGAUGGCGCGGGCGCCGGAGGGAGACGAGCCGUGCAUGGGCACCUGCGCGUACAUGAGCCCCGAGCGGUUCGACUCCGAGGGGUUCGGCGGAGGAGGAGUUGGAGGGGAGUUCGCUGGCGACGUCUGGGGUGUCGGGAAGCGCCCCGAAUGGGCCUCGUUGAUGUGCAUGGUGUGCUUCGACAGCCAGCCGGAGGUGUCGGAGGCCGCGUCGCCAGAGUUCCGGAAUUUUGCCCGCAGGUGCCUGGAGAAGGAACCGAGGAAGAGAGGAACGGUGGAGGAGAUGCUAAGCCACCCUUUUGUCGCCUACUGCAGCACAACCGAGGAGGGUUUAGUCGAUGCAAGUCUUCGUGUUAGAGAGGUGUAA